GAGCGGGCCCCGCUGGACCCGAGCCACCCGCUCGCCGGGGUCCCCAACUUCGAGGACCUCCGGGAGAUGGAGCCGGAGCCCCUCGCGGGCAAGGCGGCCGAGGUGGCCGGAGGGCUUCAGGGCGUCUGCGGCGAGUACCUCACGCGGUGCGUGCUCUCCAAGACCUGGAACCUGCGCGACGCGGCGCUGCAGAGGCUGGCGCUGGACCUUCGCCAGGGCGCCUUUGCCAGCAUGCGCCCCGCGGAGCUGCUGCGCGGCCUCGUGGCGGUGCUCCUGCAGACGGUCCCGGACAGGAGCGUGCAGGUGUUCGCCUCGAGCGCGGCGUUGUUGCAGGCGGUGUGUCAGACCCUGCCGCUCCAGCGGCCCGAGGCGCAGGCCGCCCUCGAGCCCCUGCUUCCCGCGCUCGCGGACCGCCUCGCGGACGCCAACGCCCGCGCGAUCAAGACGGCGGCCGACGCGCACGUGGACCUGGCCAGAUGCCCCGCCGUCGGCGCGCCCUUCGCCACCAGGCUCCUGCUGCAGCAGCCCAAGAAGAAGACCCGCGGCCUCUCCCGGCCCGGCUCGCCGAGGCUCGAGGCUCGAGGCUCGACCCAGAGCUCGCUC